AUGGCUACGUCAAGGAAAGCAACCGCUCGUUUCGAUAAUAUCCUAGUACUUAUCGAUUGGAAUAAUCACGACCGCGCUUACCUGAUAGUCGAAACAAUACCACAGAACGUCGCGUUCAACUACAUUCCCGAAGGUGCACCGCUGCCGCCAUACGUCGUCCAGAUGAACCACCAAGUGCAACUCAGUGAACACGCAAGGGUCUCUAUGAUUGUAGCUGCUCCAGACCUUCAUAAGAUGUCCGACGAGGAGGAGGAAUCCGAACAGGAGAGAAACACUGAAUCAGAUCGCGACAGUGAUAUUGAAGAGAACGAGAGCGAUGAAAGCCGCGCGAAGACAGUGGGAGUGGUGGGCACCACAGCAACGAUGAUGAGGCUGAAGAGGAUGACAUCGAAAGUAUUCGCCGCGCUUCAACUAGUAGCGAUGAGGUCUUACAGUGGCGAGGAUGAUGGCAAUGAAUAUGGGAAUAAUGAGGAUAGAAGCCACGAAGCCCCAAGCAACAAGCACUGCAGCAAUGAUUCAGGAGGAAAGAACCCCCAUGGCGCAGCUUCCAACCCAGGCCGUAACGGAGCUGCAAAUGCCGCAGUUGUCGUCAGAGACAACAGUGGCUAG